AUGUUCCUGACUGCCCGCCUCUGCCGCAAUCGUAUUCCUGGAAGGAUUUGGAUUGGGAAACACCGGCGGCCGCGGACCGUGUCUUUCCAUGCGAAGCAGAGCAUGAUCCGCCGCCUGGAGAUCGAGGCGGAGAACCAUUACUGGCUCAGCAUGCCCUACCUCACCGUGGAGCAGGAGCGUGGCCACGCUGCAGCCCGCAGGGCCCAGGCCUUCGAGGCCAUCAAGGCGGCCAGCACUUCCAAGUUCCCUCCGCACAGAUUUGUUGCAGACCAGCUCAACCAUCUCAAUGUCACCAAGAAAUGGUCCUGA